AUGAUUCAUCAACUUGUUCUUGACUGACUGACUAAACUCCAAAAGAAUUGACCUUGAGCAAUGGUGAGAACAAUCACUAUAUUUGAAGAAGUCAACCCCAGAGGUCUGAGAAAUUUGUUGUCUACUGGUCGAGCAAGGCCUUCCUCUACAAAUCUUCUUCACAUCGAUUGGUUCGGAAGGAUUUGUGACAGAAAUCUGGUUCUUCAGAGGGAGAGAUGGCUGCUGAAAUCAUGGAGCUUCUUUAGUGGUUCAGUUAAAUUUUUCAUGAAUUCGACGAAUUCGAAGAUAAUCAAGCCUCGGGUUCCCUUCAGCAUCAUCAGAGAAGCAAUAAUAGCUGCUUCUGAUUACACAGAGCAACAAAAUUCCAUGGAGGUUGUGGAACCACAGACCCAAGACAGCAGCUCACAAGGAAGAACAGAUUUCCUAUUGUCUUUCUCGACCAAAGUCGAAAUUGCGAAGGAGCUCGUGGCAAGAUGCAGCAGCCGAGAUCAGUCGGCCCCUGGCAACGAGCUCCAAAGCACCAUCAGACAACUAGAGGAAGUGAUCAAAAGCAUGGCAGAAGACUUCAGCAAUGUCUCACUUUCAGAUUUUGAGAUCAACUACCCUCUGGAUACUUCACAAAGUGAUGUGGAGCCACAAAGUGCAUCUCAGGGAGAAAAUGGUUACGAAAGUUUCGUCAAGGGGAUGUACGAUCGAAUGGGAAGAAACGAUAUCGAAGAAGACUCGAAUGUUCUCCCUCGACUGGCUGACAUUCUGCAACCAGCAUACCAAGGAUUCUUGUGUCCACUGACAAAGAAGAUCAUGGACGAUCCAGUUACCAUAGAAACUGGCAUAACUUAUGAAAAAGAGGCCAUUUUGGAGUGGUUUUCGAACAAUGUAGUCUGCCCGACAACAAGGAUGGAGAUCAGAAGUGUGGGUUUCAGCAGCAAUUUGGCACUGAAGCACUCCAUCAAAGAGUGGAAGGACAGGAACGAGGCGACGAGGAUAAGGAUCGCGAGAAGCGCUUUGUCACUAGCCGAUUCAGAGGCCAUGUUGCUGGAUGCAAUCAAGGAGCUGCAAGUGCUGAGCCAACUGAGAAGGUGCAACAGGGAGCACAUGCACAAUGCUGGAAUUACAGAGCAAGUUACUCAUUUUCUUCAGCACGAAAGCACGAAUGUGCGGUGCGAGGUGAUGCAGCUUCUGCGCUUGCUGGUGGAGGAUGAAGCCGGGAAGGUCAUUGUAGCAAACACAAGAGUAAGAGCCCUCACAAGGACAAUCAAGAUGAUAUCCAGCUACAACUCCUCCGAGAGGCAUGCAGCUGUUUCAUUCCUCCUAGAGCUCUCCAAAUCCGAAAUGUUCUUGGACAGGAUCGGGGGAACCCCCGGCGGUAUCUUGAUCCUGAUCACCAUGAAAUACAACAAGGAAGCCGAUCCUUUCUCGGCGGCCAAAGCAGAAGAAACUCUCAAGAACUUGGAGAAGUCGCCGAUGAACAUCAGAUACAUGGCAGAGAAUGGCUUUGUGGAACCCCUUUUGAACCACCUCAAUGAUGAUUCGGAAGAGGUGCAGAUGGAGAUGGUGAGCUACCUCGGAGGAAUUCUUCUUGAAGAUGAGAUGAAGACUUAUGUUGCAGAGAGAGCCUCCGCCACCCUGAUUCAGAUGAUCAACGGCGGCAACACGAGCAUCAGAAGGGAAGCGCUGAGAGCGCUGGUGCAGAUCUCAGCUCACCCUCCCAACUGCAAGAUUCUGGUAGCCGCAGGCAUCAUGCAGGCCGUGGUCGAAGAGAUCCUUCCGCGCAGAAUCAACAGCGAGCCGCUGGAUUCCCCGGAGGAGGCAGCGGCGAUCCUCGCGAACAUGCUCGAAUCUGACGCAGAAGGUUCGUCGGAGAUGAAACUGAGCGAGACCGGGCACACCGUCGUCUCGCAUUACUUCAUAUACAGCAUCGCCCAAUUGAUCAAGAGCUCCAUGCCGGAAAAAGCUAGUGCGAACCUUGUGAGGAUCUUGCUUUCCCUCGCCAAGCUGCCAUACGCGAUGGCCACUGUACUUUCGGUGGUCAUGGAGAUCGGCGCGAUCCCAACCAUCGUUGAAUUCCUCAACUCUGAGCUGGAGGAGCUUGCCGUGGUCGCUGCAAAGCUGCUCAUCGUACUCUCGCCUCACGUCGGCCACGCCAUAGCGAACGGUGUCUGCAAGACGAUCGGCCAACCGGAGGGCCUGAUCGUGGGCUACAGCGCCCAGCGGAUAACCGAGAGGCAAGCGGUGUCGGCGAACCUACUCGCCAAGCUGCCGCCCCAGAGCACGCCGCUCAACCUGGUCCUCCUCCUCCAAGACACUGUGCCGGUGAUUCUUGCAAGGAUAGAAGAACUGCAAAGGGGCGAAGUGAGAGGCGGCGGCGGCGGCGGCGGCGGCGGCAGCGGCAGGAUCACGGGGCAUUACCUGGAAGGCCUAGUGGGAAUCCUCGUGAAGUUCGCCGGCAGCUUGUUUGUCCAGGAGAUUCUCAAGUUGGCCCUGUCGAGGAACUUGACGUCGGUGUUCGCCGAUUUGCUGGUGAGGGCGGGGGGAAGCAGCGAAGUGCAGAGGCUGGCAGCGGUGGGGCUCGGGAAACUCUCCUCGCAGUCCGUGUAUCUCUCGAAGCCGCCUGCGGAGGCGAGGAGGAGGUCCACAAGGCCAGUCACCUUCUUCUCCAAAUCCACCUCAAGCAAAGAGGAAAAGUCGGCAUCGAUUUGCCCGGCGCACAGGGGAGUCUGCUCCGCGACCACCACGUUUUGCCUGCUGGAGUCCGGGGCGGCGGAGAGGCUGCUGGUCUGCCUGGAGAACGAGGACAGCAAGGUGGUCGAGGCAGCGCUGUCCGCCAUUAGCACGCUGCUGGAGGAGAGUGUGGACGUGGAAGGGAGUGUGCGGGCGCUGAGCCAGCUCGGGGCAGUCCGGAGCGUGCUCGGGGUGCUGAAGGUCCACGGCCGGGAAGAAAGGGUGGUGCAGAGGGCGCUGUGGCUGGUCGACAUGUUCUUGGAGAAGGGGAAGGAGAAGGAGAAGUUGUCGGAGGAGAUCUACAACGACAAGUUGUUGCGCACAGUGCUGGUGUCUGUAUUCAACAGAGGGGAUGGCGGCGGCGACAGCAAGAGGAUGGCGGAGAACAUCCUCAGGCAUAUAAAUAAAAUCCUCAGCUACAGCAGCAACAAUUUGGGCAUGUGAUGUUGCCUUUCGAUUGUUUAAACUUGUUUAUUGUU